CAGGCGCCUCCGCUUCUGUAAACGCGCCGCAGUUGAGCGACGCUCCCCGGGAGCGGAAGUGCGCGGAGUACGUGGCGGAGGAGGGUUUGCUCGCUGUCAGGCGGUGCACGGUUUUGGUCACUGGUUCGGCGGACCGUGUUUCCCCACCUCUGUGGGCUGGUGUGCAGGUGUUGUGCCAAACUGCGUGUUUAAAUGGAAGGGACAGGCUAGGCGUCUGUAAUGCUGCGCCGGUUGCGGGUGUCACUUCGGCAGCUGGGGAAUCAGAUGGCUCGAAGACCCGAUCUUCUUUGUGGAGCCAUCGUGCUGGGCUGCCUUUUUAUUGUCACUAUAAAAUUCACUUGCAGCCGUGCAAAGAAUGUGGUUGCCCCUGCACGGCCCCCCCGGCGCUUCUUCUCGCCCGAUGCCCCGGUGGUGGACCUUUUCCUGGGGCAGCUGGACCAGGUGGACCGCCUGCGGAGCGCAGCUGAGAUCUCCCUAGUCUUUUUCUACGCCCCCUGGUGUGCGCACUCCAUCGCCACUCGGGAGGAGGUCCAGCAGGUUGCCCGGAAGCUUUCCAAAGAGGUCCUAUUUGUAGCUGUUAACUGUUGGUGGAACCAGGGAAAAUGCCGAAAGAACCAGAACUUCUAUCAGUAUCCAGUGAUUCACCUGUUUUACCGAAGGUUUGGGCCUAUUGAGUACAAGGGACCCUUCAUGGCCGCCUACGUGGAGAAGUUCAUCCGGAGGCUUAUCACCCCGCUGACAUACCUGCCUUCACAAGCAAUGUUGCAAGACUUCCUCUCUUAUCAUGAGCCAGGAGUGGUGGGUUAUUUUGAGUUCAAUGCUUCACCACAGCCUCCUGGAUACAUGGUAUUCCUGACAUCAGCAUUACAGGCAUUGAAGAGAGAUUUCCAGGGAGUGGUACGCUUCGGAGUGGUGACAAGCAAGCCGGUGGCGGAAGCGAUCUCGGUGCAUGAGGAUGGGACAGUGUACAUGCACCGACACUUCAACACGUCGCUUAUUUUCCCGCGGGCAGAGAGGAACUUCACGCCGGAGAAUAUCUGCAGCUGGGCGUACGAGAACAGGGAGAGCGUCCUGCAGUGGCUCCGCCCCCAUGGGGCCAAGAGCCGCCUCCUGGAACAGGAGCUCAGCAAGGGCCCGGCGCUGCUCGCCUUCCUGCCCUUUGACCCACUAGCGCCCCACCAGCCCCUGGUGCGGCAGAUCGCUGAAGUCGCCCUGCAGUACCACGCCUGCAACCACAGCGAAGGGGUGGAGCAAGAUGGUAUGGGGCAGUCACAGGGGACCCAGAAUUCUGUUACCCCCUGCUGCAACACGGUGGUACUGCCUCACUGGAACGCCAUAUCGCGCAUGCACAACGUAUGCGAGCUGUGCCUGAAGGAAUCGGUGGGCUUGCGGUCCAGUGCCAUCCGAACUGUCCGCUGUCCCUUCCACCACAUGGGGGCAGCACUGGAGUCCUUUCACCUCAUGCGACGCACCUUCGCCCAGCUGAUGAUGCAUGGUGCGACCUGCAGCAAUGCCGUCGCCUCUUAUAGCCCGUUCAGCCGCUACAGCGCGUGCUGCAAGACCCUGGAGCUCCCUUCCCCCCCACCGCCUCAAACUCAGGACUCGGGGGUCCCCUCCGACACGGAGCCUUCGCACCAGGGCCUCACGGGUCUCAGAUGCAGGACUAACAAAACACUGCGCUUCUACCUGCUGGACUCCCACCUGCACUGGAAGCUGGCCGUGCGGCUGGGGGCCCCCAGGGCUGAUGGGCCGCGCCUCUUCCUGACCAUAGUGAACCUUCCAGAAGAGACCCAUUACAUCUCGGACCUCAACGACACACUCGGUGACACUCUAGAGCACUUCAUACAGAACUUCAGCGUCCCAUACAGCCCGCUGACGCGGCACCUGGUGGGCACCCUUGUGCCAAAGUCCCCCACGUCCUUAAUCAGGGAGGUGACAACAGCCUCGUUCCUCAGCACAGUCAUGGAUCCUCAGAAGGAUGUGCUGCUCUUCUACUACACGCAUUGGUGCGGCUUUUGCACAGUCCUCAACCACGUCCUCAUCCAGCUCGCACAGCUGUUCCGGGGAAACGAGAAGUUUACAGUAGCCCGAGUCAACGUCGCUCAGAACGAUCUGCCUUGGGAAUUUAUGGUGGACCACUUCCCAGUCUUCCUGCUCUUCCCCAGAGACAGGAAGCACCUAAGUGUCAAGUUCCCUGACGACCUCCCCGUCACGCUGCCCAACCUGGUCCGCUUCCUGCUGCGUCACGCGAGUGACGUGCCACGGCGCAGUGGCUGGGCGGGGGCGGACCGGGGCGGCCUGCUGGAGGUGGAGCUCCGCCGGCUGCGGCAGGAGGUGGAGGCGCUGCGGAGGGCCCGGGAGCAGCUCUCCCAGCAGCUGUCCCAGCUGUGGCAGGAGAAGCGGAGGUUAGCACUGCAUGCUCGGGGCCUGGAGUCGCACAACGCAGAGCUGCGCGAGCGAGGGCGCCACCUAGAGGAGCUGUACCGCGAGAAGAACCGGCAGCUUCUGGACGCCGCCGGUAAGCUGCAGGCGCUGGCCGAUGCCUCGCAGAACUUGAUCACCGAAAACGCCCUGCUUAAGGUCCUCAUGGCCUCCAUGAGGGAGGAGGUGGCUCUGGAGCCACGGGUGGACAACGGCACCCCCAAAAGGGCAAAGCAUGACCUCAGCACCCAGGGGGACUCCUGAUGCUUCCGGAACAGACUGUUUCACGAUGGACUGCUGACACCUGAGAUGUAUAUCUGGAAAUUAUUUAUGUCUGUUUGGGUUAUCAGUUUGGUUUUGUUUUUCCUUCCACGGUGAUUUUAUGUUACUUUGUUAAUUUAACUAAAAAAUCUAUUUUUACAUAAAUCACUAGGCAACUUUUUGGGUAUGUCUUCAGGUAUGUCUGCAGGCAAAAUGCUGCAUUUGUUUACAUGAGGAAUAUUGCACAGAUUUCUACUGAUUAAAUUGUUUAAUCUA